CGUUCAUACAACAAAAAGAAAAGAAAAAUAAAGUCCUAAUUAGAGGGAGAGGAAUAAUUGCUUUUUUCCAAUUGCUGCCAGUUAGAAGGCACUUGGUCUCCAAGCCACCCACUCAGCCCAGGGGACAGGCAGAGUUAGGCCUCACUUAGGCCUCUUCCACACUGCCUAUAAAAUACAAAUUAUCUGAUUUUAACUGGAUUAUAUGGCAGUGUAGACUCAAGGCCCUUCCACACAGCUGUAUAACCCAUUUAUAAUGGACUUAAUGUAAUUUAAAACCUUUACCCUUUACCUUAACUACCACCAAUUCCUCAAUACUAUAUUUCCCAUACCACCACACUUUGCCACAGCAACGCGUGGCCGGGCACAGCUAGUACAGUAAAUAAUAAUAAUUCCCCCUGGGGGCAGGAAGCAGCCAGGCUUUGAAGCUGCAAGGCCAUUCAAUGCUAAUCAAGGUGGCCAAUGCCAGGGCCAGCUAACACCGCCUAACAAAGGGUUCCCCUAGGAAGGAAGCAGCCAGGCUUUGAAGCCGCAAGGCCAUUUAAGGGGGGCCAAGUGCAGCAUUCACACUUGCCUCAAGCAGACCAAAGUUCUUUUUCCCACCCUGAACAUCAUUGCCCAGAUAUAUACACCCUAGUGGCCUAGUUUCCAACACACCUCACAAUCUCUUAGCAAAGUUGUGGCCAAAAUGUGUACAGUAGCGUGUUACCAAUAGGGAAGGCAGCGUGGGCAUGUGGGGAGUGAAGGGGCGGGGCCUCCUUUCCCGGGCACGCCCCCUGUAGCCCCGCCCCCUGACGUCACGGCCUCCCUUUCCUCCCCUCCUGCCUGCCUCCAUCCGGGCUGCUCCCCGCCUCUCAUUGUCAGGAGGCGCCCGCGCUGCAGCACUCGGGGCCGGAUCCGAGCGGGACCCCGGGUGGGUGGGAGGCCCUACGAAGCUGCCAUCAUUUCGUCAAGAUUAAUGAAACAACAGGAAGAAUAAAGCCUUUAAAAAGCCCUCACCCCUCCAAAGGCGACAAAAACAACAGCAGCAAACAUGGCAGAUUAUUCUGCUUAUAAGGAGACCUCAAAUCGUCAUUUGCGUUUCAAGCUUCAGAGCCUCAGUCGCCGCCUUGAUGAAUUGGAGGAAGCUACCAAAAACCUCCAGAAAGCUGAGGAUGAACUACUAGAGUUGCAGGACAAAGUAAUCCAGGCAGAGGGUAGCAACUCGAGUAUGCUAGCUGAUGUGGAAACUCUGCGGAAGAGGGUUCUGAAAAUCGAAGGGAAGGAUGAGGAGAUCAGGAAGGCAGAGGAGCUUUGCCAACUGAUGAAGGAGAAGCUGGAGGAAGAAGAAAGUCUCACUCGGGAGCUGAAAUCUGAAAUUGAGCGGCUUCAGAAGCGAAUGACAGAGCUGGAGAAGUUGGAGGAUGCUUUUGGCCGGAGUAAGAACGACUGCACUCAGCUCUGCCUCAGCCUCAAUGAGGAGAAAAACCUGACCAAGAAAAUUUCAACAGAACUGGAAGUUCUUAAGGCCAAGGUAAAAGAACUUGAACAAUCAGAAGACAGACUAGAUAAAACUGAGCAGAGUUUGAUGAGUGAGCUGGAAAAACUGAAAUCUUUAGCUGUUGUUUUUGUAAAUGAAAGAAAACACUUCACUGAAAAAGAGAAGCAGAAUGAGAAGAUAAUUCAAGAGCUAACGCAAAAGUUAGAGCAAAACAAUAAACUGAACCGAGCAGAUCAGACGCGAAACACAUCGAAUCUGCUGGAGCGAUCUUCUAAUAGUAUUCUUGAGAGAAAUGAUUUGAGGAUUGAAGUUGACUUGACAACAUCUGCACUGUCCUCAAAAGAAACAAGAAGAAAAGGCAGCUUGGACUACCUUAAACUCAUGGAAAAUGAAACUCGAAAUAAAUCAGAAAACCAGAAGAAUAAAAACCAAGAAGACAACAAAGUGAAAGACUUAAAUCAAGAAAUUGAAAAAUUGAAGACUCAAAUCAAAUGUUUUGAGUCUUUAGAAGAAGAACUUAAAACCCUGAGAGCCAAAAAUAAUGACCUGCACGAUAGUUAUUUAAGUGAGCAGAAUAAAAAUAAGGUGCUCACAGGGCAACUUGAAGAAAUAAAAACGCAGAUGAAAAAGCAAAAAGAGCUUGAGAAUGGCGAGGCAGAAAUUGAAGAAAUUAACUUGCCUAGCCGAAUUAAGCAUGAUAGAGCUAAACACCGAACUGUUGCUGCUGAAUCAGCUGUUUCAAAGCAAAAGUCCCGAGAACUUUCACCUCAGCAUAGGCGGGAGAGGAUACGUAAUCGAGACUCAUUUAAUUCUGAGAGCUAUGGCCAAGGUAGUAAACGGGUUACAAGUCCUAAUCUGAACAGCAGGAGAACAGCCAAAGCGUCUAGUACUUCAGCAUUGUUAGACACUUUAGCAACGGAUGGCAAACAAAUAGAAAACAAACCAACUUCAUCACAGAGAGAGAGUGGCACACCGCCUGCUGAAGUCAAAAAAUCUAGAGAGCAACCAUCUGUGCUUAGCCGUUACCCACCUGCAGCGCAGGAGCACAAAUCAUGGAAGUCUUCUUCAAAACCCAAGAAUGAAAGUGCAUUGAGAGGUAAAGCCGAAAAAAUAUCCCAGAUGUUCAACGACACUCAUCACUGUAAAUCUGAUGAACUUGAAGACACGCUGAGCAAAACAGAAAAUGCCGUAUCAUCUCCUGAAAAGGGAAAUAAGACUCAUCUCACAGAAUCAUCCAUUCUUCUGACAGAGACUCGUAUCUCAAGCACUAAUUGUGGGCCAACCAAUGGAGCUGCUUUGUCCUAUCGGCAUUAUCUCUCUGCAGAAAUGUUAGAUACUGAGCCCACCAGCUCAAAGAUGGAAAACACACCAUCAGUUUCAUUUCGCAGACAGCACUUGGAAGAGGACUCUGUAAAGGUGUCUAAACCCCAAGAAAGAGAGUCUAUAGAUGCUCCAGUGGAAGUGACAAAGCCCUUACCUUUAGCAAAGUCUUGGCUUUCUUCAAAAAGCCAGGAAGAUCUCUUGCAGAGUCAUUCAGUUCCUCAAAAAGAAAAGACCGAUCAGGCUUCUACUCUAAAUUCAAACAACAGUGGCCUAAAAUCAUCGUUUACGAGAACCAAAGUUAGCACUGCAGAAGAGAAAGGUAAAGACACAGUUGCUCUUAAUACAUUUGAUUUAGGGCCAAAGAAGGAACCUGUUUCUAGAGACUUCACAAGCUCGGUGGGAUCUUUUCGGACCUCUCCCCUUGAGCAUAACAAAAGGUCUUGUGGUGAAGAGGAACUCAGAAGGUCAUCCAAAACAUCUGCAGCAGGGUUGAAAUCCAGAAGGCAGUUCAGCCCAAGGGAAGCUUUGAGAUCUCAAGCCGUCAUCAAGCCUGCCAUUGUGGAAAAAGACAUGAAGGAAAUCAUGGGUGGUUCUGGGUCAGGGCCAGAAGCCAAUUCUGAAAAGCAACCCGCUGUCUUUAAAACCGUGUCACACAAAAUGACGAGCAGCAUUACUAUUUACCCGUCUGAGCCAGUUACUCAAAGGACCAGCACAACUGAACCCAGAAAGGACCAGCAGCAGGUUUCCGCUAGCAAUAGUAGAGUCAUUCCAAAUGAGCUUUCCACAGUAGGGAAAGCAGCCAACACACCGUACGAGAUCUCAAUUAACAAGAGCAAUAUGUCUUUGAAGUCACCAGGGACUGAUCAAAAUGGGGAUCCCGUUUUGAGAAGCAGGGUGGGAACAGUAGUCUCUAAAAGCAGCAUUACAAUCAAACCUUCUGAGUUACUUGAGAAGAACAGUGAAUCAGCUGUGGACACACUUCACUGGAAAAGUCAUGGCCCUCCAAACUCAUCUGAAGCUAAACAUGUCACAGUGAGAAGUGCGUGGCGAACAAGGCAAGGUUUGCACUCUUUGGAGGAUUCUGCAACCAAAGCUGAUGAAAAUGCGACCCCUCGGGAUCCAUAUAGGUCAUCUACUGAUCUUUCCAAAUCAGAAGGGACUGGCCCACGCCUAUAUGCGAUUGAGCAGAAUUCCAGAAGGGCCAGUGCUGGUAUAAACUCUUGGAACACUCCAGAAUUAGACAGUAGAAGGACCAAAAGUAGCUUGAGUGCAUCUGAGAUGCACAGCCAGAAAAGUAGUGCCAAUGAGCCUGUGGAUGAUUCUCCCUGGAGUUGCCCAGUAUUACCUGAGGAACACAAAGACUUUGUUCUCAGUUCCAGAAGAAAACCAUUCAGCUCCUCUGAGCAGCUCUCCUGGGCGAACACACCAAGGAAGAGGCCAGAAAGCAAGCUGGAGUCCUCCUGCCAGCUGCCAGGCAGCAAAGCCGAGGGACGGAGACGUUGGUCCAAAGGCUACUCAGAAGGAAACUGAUCUGACUGAGGGUGAGUGUUUCCUGUCCCAGUACAUGACCUCCAGAAGCUGAACUUCAUCCCUCUCCUUGCUCUGGUCUUCCAUGCCGCUAUCAACCACCGGGACCCAUCUGGUGCCUGUCCUUCAACCGUUCUGUGCUCAAGGCCUUGCCCUUUCCCUUAACCUUGGGCAGAUUUUAAAAUUUUAUUUUAAGACUGGCUUUGCAUUUUCAUUCACCAUGGAGUAGGCCACAGCAUUGUUGCUCAGGGGAAUCCCACUCAAUUGUCUUAAAGCUUGAACCUGCAGGACCGCAUCUUAAGAGACAGCUGGGAAACAUGGGACAGAUUGCUAAAAUCUUCAUUGUCUGCUUAAACAUUUCCUGGGAAAGCAAAGAGCUUUUUGUGUUUUAGUAACCACUACAAGUGGAGACCUCGCUGAGUUGCAUCUUGACCUUCAGGAUCCUUAAGAGGCCAGAAUUUACACGAAAGCCAUGAAUCAGACUACUAAGAGUCUCCAUCACUCACUGUGGAUUUUUGCUGUUACAGCUUCAGAGAGUACAGUUUGCACUGAACCUAGAUGCCCCGUAGUCUGGUGCUCCAAGCACUGGCUUGGCUGCAGCUCUGCAAGGGAGCGUUUGGAAAGAGGAGGCCAUUGCUUCACAACAACCCUGUCUCCUCUGCCCUCAGCUCCUCACCUGCAAUGACUUGGCCCUUGUGAAAAACUUUCUCCCCAGUUCUUAAGCAAUAACCUAAACAAACCCUUGUCAUCACAACUCCUUUGCUGAGGAUGGUCAGUGCACCUACCUUCUUUCACUCUGAAGUCCUCAUGAAUGUUGCUUCAUUCCUUGGGCAAGUCUAACAAGAUACAGCCUCUAGUUGCAACGGAUCAGGCAGUGCAAAAAGCCUUAUCACUACAUCCUUAUGGGACUUAUCACUACACACUGUUGCACAAGGCCAAGAAGGAGCUCUUGCUGAGAGAGCUCCCCUCAAUGCAUUAUUUGAACUAAUCACAUGAGGUCUUAAUGCUGGCCCUCUUUCCCCUCACUGGGACUGCUACUGGGAAAUUUUGGCAGAACUGGCUGGAAAGUUGAGCAAGAAGAGUCUCCUGUGUACAGUAGUUCAACACAUUCAUGGGGUGGGAAGGGACACUUUUUUAAACAUUUCUGCUACCUCACUCUUCACUUGCUUGAGCAAAGGGACCAGUGGAGAUUCUUCCAGAGAUACAGUGUCCUCCUUCCAUACUGAAAUCAGCACACUCCGCUGUGCAUCUCCACAUAUCUGCUCUAAGUCUUCCUCCAUGUGCUUGGAGUAUAAUUCUUAGAUGCUGCUGAACUGUAAGUUUUCAUAAUCUCCUCCCUACUUCCUCCAAGUUGCUACUGCUAGGCAUUAAGGUUUGGCCCAGAACUGUCUGCCAUCUCCCUUUUAGGAUGAGCUCUGUUAAUACGUGCAUACCAUUCUGAAAUUGUCAGCCAGUUUUCCCCAAGCUAGUAUUCUACAAUUGUUACGGGCUACAUUUCUGAUUGUCCCAGCCAGUGGUCAGUGGUCAGAGAUGGAGUCCAAAAUAUCAGAAGAGCAAACCAGUGCAAAGUAAUGGCACCAAAAGCACUAGCUGUAGAUUAUGGGAGGCAGUAAGAAGACACGUCCGUUCAUGCAUGUGAUCCCAUUCACCAUCCCCAAGCAAUUAAUAUGUGUGUGUCAAAAGGGCCCUUCAAGACUGAAGCCAUUCAUCCUGCAAGGAGAUGCAGGUCAGUCAGAUCAUGGUGUUGUGUCCAGGAGAUUUGCAGAAAUAGAUAUGCAGACAGGGAUAGAUGCUUAACCCCAGUCCUCACGUAUGCUUGCACACAUGCCCAUUUUGCCCAGUACAGCUGAGAACAAACAUGGGGUGAAUGUUUACUUGAGAAGUGGGAGAAUCAUUAAGUGGGAACUGGAGUAAUUCUCUCAGUUCUUCCUUGCAACUGCAUCCUUCCUUGCCCAGAUAUUAGUGCUGGUAAGCAAACAGGUUUGGGGAUCUGUGUUUGUGAUUUAUUAGGGUUUUGUUUAGCUCAAAGCUCAUCUUGAAAUCCCAAUUAAUAUCCCAUCUUGACCAACUGCAUUCUCCUGUGCACAUGAUCAAGUUUAGUCAAAACCACAGUUCUUACUUGUUCUUACACACAACAAAUUCUUACUUACUUGUUCUUACACACAACAAAUCAUGCAUCAACAGUUUUCCUUCCAGCCCACCAGCCUGGCUUGCCUGCCACUUGCUUGAGGGGUGGACUGAUGGCAAGGCCCGAAAAGGCAGCAUUGUUGCAUCUAAAUUAAGAUGUGCCUCAACCUCUCAAUACUGGGGGGAGUUUAAUUGCACUUUGAGGAAAAGGAAUCAAGACUAAACAUUCUUUCAAUUUUUAGUUGAAAAAGCAGAGCUUUCUCCAACCCUCUGGGUGUGUUUUGCAGAACUAUAGAGAUUAGUUUGGCUCACAACUCUCUUGCAAAGCCAAUACAAUUGUUGACUUUCUGGGAUUUUUUUAAAAGAUGGAACAAUGCCAGUAUUUAUUUCUUUGCCUUUUAAUAUGUUGAAUCUUUAUAAAACUUAACUAGAUUCUGUUCUCUCCCUCAUAUACUUAUUUUAUGUAGUUUUUUUUAAAGAAGUAUAAAUGUUCCUGAUUGUUUUGAAUAUAUGAGGCAGAGGACACAGGCAAUACCUUUUAUUCAUCUAGCUGUUGAAAGUGUUAGUAUAAUACCAAGUAGGCAGGGUCUCAAACAUAACCCUUCUACUAAGCUGAGGUGCAAAAUGUCCAGGUAUCCUGUUUGGCAAAUAAAAUUGACUAUUGUCACAUAUUACCUCAUAGUGAGGGAGGUGGCAUGCUUUAGGCCUUUCAAAACAUGAAAAAGACUUUGUGCUUUUAAAAAUUAAAUUCUACAAGAAUUUCCCAUAUUUACACAUACGUGUGUAAUGCAUUGCUGGGCACUGGACAAGACCACACCUGACCUGUGCAAUAGCCUGCUUAGCUGUUAAUUAGAUUAUAUCAAGUACUGCUCAUCUCAUUCACAUCCACCACUGUUGAAGUCUCGAGAUGUAGAGUCUUAUAUUCACUUGAUGAUGUAAUUGUGUUAUAUCCACAAACUGCAACCAUGCCUAUCCCAAGGUCACACUGAUUCCGUUGACUUGAGAGUGACGUCACUUGACUAAUCAGACUGGUUCCAUUAAUAGAGUGUUUACAUAGCCUUCAUUCCCUCUCAGCAAUAACUAACUUGGAGCAGCCAUUUGUCAUGCACAAAACCUGUAUGUACUAACGGCAUCCAUUCACUGGUCAACAAGGGCUUGAGAAUUUACCUGAAGUAGUUGUAUAUACGUGUGUGUUUGCAUGCUAAACAUGUUUUAAAAGCCAUUCCACUCGAUUUAAGAAAGCACUUUAGCUGUCACAUAACACAAAACAGUUUCAUUCUUCUCAUUGGAAGUUGGAUCUCACCCUACUUGAAAAUGCAAGCCAACCACCCUUGGGGUGUGUGCGAUGCUGCUAUCCAAGCCACUCCUUUGGCUGGGCUAUCAAUGCCUGCCAUUUUCUGCAAGGUGAAGCAGCCGAUGCAGAGCAACAUAUUUGUUAGCACCUUUCUGAAACAUAUUUAUAUGGAAAUGAGUUCCCUUGGAACUUGAUUAGUAAGACUGCUGCCUUAAAUAGUACCACCCCACACCAUUUCCCUUCUCAGCGUGGUGAAAUUUCAGCCAUUUUCAUUGUGCUCUUAGAACAACGGGGAACCUAAAUGCCAUUGAACUAUAGCUCCACAACUCAUUACCAUUAGCCAAGCUGGCAGGGGCUUCUGUGAAUUGUAUCUAGAGCAGAGCUUUCCAAAUGUUUCUUGUUGGUGACAUAAAUUGUAGGCAUGCUUCAUUUUGUGACACAGUAAUUCAGUUUUACUAGCAAUCCAGAGGAAACCAGCCCCAUAUAAGAAAUAUGGGCACAUAUAUAAAUUGUAAUAACAAAAUGUAUGGGGACACAACAUAUAAUGGAAAUAUUUCAUGUACAGUAGUCUCACUUAUCCAACAUAAACAGGCCGGCAGAACGUUGGAUAAGCAAAAAUGUUUGAUAGUAAGGAGGGAUUAAGGAAAAGCCUAUUUAAUGUCAAAUUAUGUUAUGAUUUUUCAAAUUAAGUAUCAAAACAUAUUGUUUUACAACAAAUCAACAGAAAAAGCAAUUCAGUACACAGUAACGUCGUGUAGUAAUUACUGUAUUUACGAAUUUAGCACCAAAACAUCGCAAUGUAUUGAAAACAUUGACUACAAAAGCAUUGGCUACUAACAAAUUGACUACAAAUAAAGAUAGAAUUGCAUAAAAUGAACUUACAGUAAUAACAUUGUUGGAAGUUAAAUCUGUAAAAAGUUCAGUCCUUGCUGCCUAGAGAAACAGCUGUGGAUCUGGGUGGGAGGCAGACUCUAUUGGAUAAUUGAAGGUUGGAUAAGCAAGAUUCUACUGUAUAUUCUUUAAAAUAUGCAAUUUGUAAUACAAUAGCAUACAUUUCCAAGAUUUUUGUCAUUUCUUGUUAUGUUCACGCAGCACAUAUGCUGCAGCCAAUACAGUAAGGUGUGCCGGCAUAUGCUUUGGAAAGCUCCGAUCUAGAAGGCCAAAUACUCCACAGCCUGGCCUUUGAACAUGGGCAAGAAUUGUAGCCAGCUAGCUGUUGGAAUGCAGGUCUUCACAUUCUUCACUGCUGGGAGGGGGGGGGGGGGCGGUGUGCAGCAAAACAUCAUCUUGAAGACUUAAAACGUCUUCUUCAAAUUUUGGGCUUUCAAGGUGUGUUGAAGUACAAUUUCCAUAAUCCCAACUGUCUGUGAUUUUCUAGUACAUGGACAUGGAACCCAGUGGUAGCCCUCUAGAAAUUUUGGAUUCAACUCUCAGAAAGUUGCAGGCAAAAAUAGCUACUAGGCCAAAAGUCUCCACUCCUGCUCUAGUAGGAGCAGGAAGAAAGCCCAAAUGAUUUUUCUUCUUUUAAUAAAUAUGACAAUCAGCACCCAAAAUGACAUACCCAUCUCGACAAACAGCUCAUUUUUUACAGCUACAUUGGUAGCUCUCAUUGGAAUUGAAAAAUUACCAUAUUAUGCAACAAAUUGAAUAACACCCCCUUAUAAACAUCUUCAUCCAUCUAUGGUCACUACUUCUUCCAGGACCUUGUUGGUAGGGCAAAGUAAAAUGCAUUUCCCACUCAUCCCAAAGUAAGGGAUUCAAAUCUUAGCUACAAGGGCAAUUGACUUUGUUGCAGGAAAAAACAAUCUUUUCUUUCCACAGACCAAUAUAAAAACUAAGUCUCAGAAAAACAUAUCACAUGUCUAUUUCUUGAACCUUGAUAUCAAAAUAUAUUUAUGCAUCUCGGAAGAGGGGCAGUGAGUAACUUUUCCUUACAGCUUGUUUGAGAGCUUUUAUUCUAUUAACUUUUGGCCCAGUUUGAUCCAGGAAGCACUCAAUUCCAAGACCCACUGCAAAGUUCAGAAAAAAAAUCAGGACUCCACAAAAGUAAUUCUGCUCGCAUUGUCUUAUUUAGCCAGUUGUUCAAUCUCCAGAGGAAGAACCCUCCCACAGCUUCCCACACUAUUUGAUGCCAUGUCCUCAGGAUCUGUUGAUAGUCUUACAUUUCACAUGGUAUAAUGAAUGUAAAUAUCCAUUAUAGUAUAGUUUGGGGUUAUCUGGCCCCGUAAAAAUCAGAAGAUAGUUAGAAGAUCUAGAAACCAUAACCUUGAGUGCAAUAGGAGCUGAUUGUAUUAUUGAACAGACAGUGACAAUUUCAGGAAAUGGAAAAUCGUUUAGCUCAAGUUGCACAUUUUUUAAAAAAUCUGUAAAUAUUUGCCAACAAUUUGGCAAGUUCAUUUCUGUUUUUAAAGGUAACUCAUCAGCAUAAAGAUCCUGAAAUCAUCCAGGGACUCUAUGCUGGGAAUUUGUGAGUAAAAAGAAGAAAAGAAAUCCAGUGUUCUAAUUAUAUAUGCUGCAUGUGUUAAUUUUUUCCCUGUCAAGAAACGUAAAUUACAACUUAUUCCAUCUGGAGGUCAGAAGAAUUGCCCUCAUGUACAGCCUGCACAAUGCAGCCUCCCCUUCUUCAUAACAAAACCCAAACUGCAGCUGCUCUCCAGAGCCAGGGAAAAGCACUCACAAAGCAGUAGCGCUUUGUUAUGCAGAAGAUCCCAGGUUCAUGAGACUUUGAGACAGCUGCUGCCACUAAGUAGAUAGUCCUCGACUCGAUGUGAGUACAUAAGGCAGCUUUGUACAUCCACAUGCCACUAAGAGUUAAGUAUCUGGCUUUCUGUGAUAAAUUGUUGUCUAUGUGCCAAGAAUAUAGGGUUUUAGCCAUAGGGUUAGCCAGAAGGAACCCACAUGUAUGCAGGAGCAGGAUAUUGCCUCCCAGGCUUUGAACUGGUGCACCUGCUUCAAAUGAUAUACAAUAGGAAAGGGACAUGCAAAAAGGCUUCCAUGAUGCCACAUCUCCCACCCUUAGCGCCAGUGGAAGACCAUAAAAUACUUUGCUGCUUCAAAUGAAGUCCCAAUAUGAUUUCCAAAGAGAGAAAAGGGGUGCAAGGUGCUGUUGUGCAUGGGCCAUCUUUCCUCCUCAUUUUCUUUCCUCUUGGCUAGAGACCAAAGGACUUGUUGACCCCUUUAGUGGUUGUGGGAAGCAGUGUGCCUUCCAUGCCUGCACAAGGGAGGAGGGACAGUCUUCCGGCCAAUUAUAAACACUUGAGAAUCCUUCAGAUUGUGUGGAAUGUAUUUUUAAGAGAUGAAAAUAUAUUUUUUCUAUUCGCUAAUAUUAAGAUUGGGUGAAAGGGACUGCCAAAUCCUGACAUUGUGUACUACAGGCAGAUGAACACCUUCUGCCCUGUCUUCCCUCGUUUUCAGGUUCAGAAAGAACAAGUGCAAUUUAGCAAGGUGUUGUUGUCCCAAGGUCCUUGUUUGCCAGCCAUCUCAAGCCCAGCAACUGACCAGCACUGUCCCCAUCACUCCACCCCGGCUCCAGAGGAAGAAGCACGGUGGUGCUAGCAUGUUCACUUGGGGGAAAAGCCCUGCCCUUUCACCUCCCAAAGUUGCCUGGGCACUUAACAGCAGGUGGGGCUUCACCUACCCAUCACACAAAACAAAAAGUCUGCAUGCUAUGUUUAAACGCAAAUGUUUGUCUGCAUGUUAUCUUCUGACUAAUAUUGUCUGUUCUACAGUACAUAAUAAAAUGAUUUGUAUGGUA